AUGUCAGGAAAGAAAUCACUUCCAAAAUCUAAAGUCCCAGUACUAAGUGACAAGAAGGAUGGCACCGAUAAACUUGAUUUCGUUACAUUUUCAUCGUGUGAUCAUUUGAAGAAGUUGUUAGCGUCUCCUGCUAAAGAUUUGGUGGUCCGUAACUAUAAUCUUUCCCUUAAGGUCUCCUGCUUGGCCUAUCCGCAGCCAGGUCUCAAAUAUUCAAACAUGAAAGAAGGCAACCACCAUCAUAACGCCAAGCUUAAUGGGUCGAAGGUCGGCAAGAAAACCCUACCGACUGCUGGAAAUGGGGUAUCGACGGUAUCGAAUAUCGAUAACAAAAAACUUCUCAAACUUAGAAGUGCUGCCGUCAAAUGUAGCCUGUGCAAAAACAAUUUAUCGGUCAAUUUGAUUUGUUUACAAUGUCCUUUUGUCGGGUGCUUCAAUAAUCGACAUGGCCUAGCUCAUUCGCAAUCGACCCACCAUCUUUUUGCAAUCUCGACAUUUGGACAAGUUUUCUGCUACAAAUGUAAUAAUUAUGUCAGCGAUCCUGAAUUGGAAGAGAUCAGGGUGGGGUCACUAAAAUCCAUUGGUCGGUUACUGGCAGCGCCAGGAAUGCCGGUAUAUCCAUUCAUGGAGAAUCGGACUCCAGAGGCGAAAAAGUUUAUAUUGGAGAACUCGAGGGCUCCCUCAUUUAAGGCAACCACCGGAUUGAAAGGGUUUGUGAAUAUGGGGGCCACCUGCUACAUGUCGACGAUCCUACAAACCUUCAUUCAUAACCCUUUUGUGCGAGAAUAUUUCUUAUCAGGAGAUCACGCCAAGUGUAUCAAAGGCCUAACAAACGACGAUAGUUGCGUCACUUGUCGAAUUGAUGAAGUGUUCACCGAUUUUUUCACCUCGAGCUCUGUCAAUGGUUUCGGGCUAACCAAAUUCCUAUCUACUUGUUGGAAAAUCAACAAAUCUUUGGCAGGUUACACCCAACAAGACGCCCAUGAGUUUUGGCAAUUCGUUCUAGGAGAAUUCCAUAAAUCACACAUGAUUAACUCGAGCCACGGAACCGAACCUAAAGUCAAUGUCAAUAACCACGCCCGGUCAUCAUCUAUAUCGUACGGCUCAAAUGACCAUCAUUGCGAAUGUCUUACCCAUAGGGUUUUCUCUGGGGAAUUGCAAAGCUCCAUUAAAUGUCAUGAGUGUGGCAACGUCAAUAAAACUGUCGAUCCAAUGAUAGACUUGUUGUUGGAGAUCAAAAAUAAAUCCACUGGUGCGUUGUACGGGUCAUUGAAUGAAUGUUUAGGAUACUUUACCAAACCAGAAUCAUUGGAAAGCAAUUAUAAUUGCAACAAUUGUGAGAGCAGAACUGAUGCAUCCAAGAAAUUGUCAAUUAAAAAGAUGGGCUCUAUUUUGACCAUUCAGUUAAAACGUUUUGAACAUUUGGCAGCCGGAGGCUCAGUGAAGUUGGAACAUCCGGUAUCGUACCCAGUGAUUUUGGACAUGGCCAAGUAUUGUACUAACACCACCGCAGGCCAGAAAGUGGUUGGUGAACUCAGUUAUGAGUUGUUUGCUAUUGUUUGUCACAUUGGGCAAGUCAAUCAGGGCCAUUAUAUCUGCAUGAUCAAGAACGGCGAAGGACAAUGGUUCAAGUUUGAUGAUUCUAUGGUCACCUUAAUAUCACAACAGGAAGCAUUGGCCACCAGUGCGUACUUGCUUUUUUAUAUUCAACAUCAAUUUCCAUGA